UUCCAGAGUUAAAUGAACUUGAAUGAAAUUAGCGAAAGUGAUCGAAUAUUGAUUGAGCAGUUACGUGAGGCGAUACGUGAUGAACUUUCGUUGGUACCAGCAUACGAUGAUGAUUUCAGUUUGCUUCGAUGGAUUACUGGAUGGGAUCGAAAAAUCGAUUUGGUAAUACCAAAAAUUAAGUCAUCACUUCGUGCCAUAUCAGCUCUUGGACUUGACAAGCAGGACUUUUCAACUCUCGAGAAAAUCUCAGCUUACUGUGAUUCUAUCAGUGAACCACUACAGUAUAUUCCAGGUUCGUUACUUGGUUAUGAUAAAGAACACAAUAUCAUUUCACUGCAGACAAUUGGUCGCCUAGAUGUACGUGGUUUACUACCAUGCAUACGAAAUUCAGAUUUGUAUAUUUUGCGGAUUUCUGAAACUGAAGGUGUUAUGAGUUUGAUAAGGCAAAACGAGAAAAUUCUGGGACGUCAACUUGGUACCGUUGUCAUAUUUGAUUUUGAUGAAAUUAGCAUGGAUAUGUUAUGGAUGCCUGCUGUCAAAAUAGUCACAACGAUGAUUUCGCAGUUGCAGGAGAUGUUUCCGGAUGUUAUACAUAAACUUUUCCUUAUCAAUACACCAACCUUUUUCCGAAUGAUAUGGAUAUUAGUAAGUCCGUGCCUUGCGAAACAUACGCAGCAGAAAGUAAGAAUACUUGGAGCUGACUGGAAGGAAAAACUGAAGGAAUGUAUCGAUGAAAAUGUAUUAUAUCAACAGUGGGGUGGUGUGCGUGAAGCAGAAACACCAUUUGGACAUAUUCGUAUGGGUGGCAAAGUUCCAGAAAGGUUUAGGUAUGACCCAUCGAAUGAUGUUCCGGCAUCCAAGUUACAAAAGUUAAAAAUACCUGCGGGCGCAUUGAAUUCCGUCCCAGUGGUUAUAGAAGGAUGUAAUCCAAAUCGGAAAUUAUCAUGGUGGUGGAGAAUUGAAAGUGGUGAUAUUGACUUUUCAGUUGUCAGAUCUGGUGAUCCAGUAAAUUCAAAUAACGAUAACAGUCAGGAUGUCAUUAUUUGGCCAAGAUUUCGUCUUCAAACUCCAUACGUACCAGAAAGUGGCAAGGUUCCGUGUGUUAUACCUGGAACUUACAAAUUGGUAUUUGACAAUACGUAUAGCAGAUUUUAUUAUAAAAUAAUCAAUUAUCAUUUCGAAAUACUGCACGAUUGAAUUUCUUCCACUAAUUUGCAUUAUAAUCAAAAUAUUCUUAACACCAUCAAUUUUUACAUGUCUUUAAAAUCUGAC